AUGGCCGGCACAAUGAGAGCAGUCGAGAUCAAAGGCGGCAAGGGUGAGCUCGAUGCGCUGUACAUCAGCCCCGAGGCGCGCAAGCCCGAGGCGGCCGAGGGCCAGGCCAUUGUCAAGAUCAAGGCCUUUGGAAUCAACCGCAUGGACAUUAUCCAGCGCCGCGGCCUCUACCCGCUGCCCCCGCAGGCGCCCGCCACGCUCGGCGUCGAGUUCUCGGGCGUCAUCGAGUCCUUUGGGCCCGGCGACCACGGCAACUUCAAGAACGGCGACGAGGUCUUUGGCCUCGCGUACGGCGGCGCGUACGCCGAGUUCAUCGCCGUCAGCUCCAAGAUGCUGCUGCACAAGCCCGCGCACCUGAGCUUCGAAAAGGCCGCCGCGCUGCCCGAGGCCUGGAUCACGGCCACGCAGGCGCUGCACCUCGUCCUGGGCUUCGCCGAGGGCAAGUCCAUCCUCUGGCACGCGGGCGCGUCGGGCGUCGCGACGGCGGGCAUCCAGCUCUCCAAGAUGGCGGGCGCGUCGGCCGUGUACGCGACGGCGGGCACCGACGACAAGUGCAAGUAUGUGACGGACACGGUGGGCGCGACGGCGGCCUUUAACUACAAGACGCAGGACUGGGCCGAGGAGGUCAAGAAGGCGACGGGCGGCAAGGGUGUGGACUACAUUGUUGACUUUGUGGGCGGCAGCUACUUCAACAAGAACCUGGACGCGGCGGCGCGCGAUGGCCGCAUCGUCAUGCUGGGCACGCUGGGCGGCGCGCAGGUGCCCGACGCCCAGAUCGGCAUGAUCCUCUACAAGCGCAUCCGCAUCGAGGGCAGCACGCUGCGCAGCCGCGAUGAGGACUACCAGGGCAGGCUGCGCGACAGGCUGGAGAAGUACCUGCCCGAGUUUGACUCGGGGAAGCUCAAGAUAGUUAUUGACUCGGUGCUGCCGUGGGAGCAGAUCCAGGAUGCGCACCGCCACAUGGAGGAUGGCAAGAACUCGGGCAAGAUUGUGUGCACGAUUGGUCACUGA